GAGGACAGUCUCAGGGCCGUCUGGGAUGUAGACGUCGAUGAGGUCCUGGGAGUCGAAUGCGUGGAUCUGGCCUUGGCAGGCAGCCACGAUGGAUGGGGGGAGGACGGGGAGGAACCUAGUCCACGCGUCCGUGAGGACAAACACCGCCCACUGAAGUGCAGGUGUCAAGCGACAGGGAGAUAUCUAGAAGCGAGGGGCGUCCGACUGGUUCUCACCGAAGCGAUGCAUGCCGACGCGGCCCCGGGGGCCGGUGAGUCAGAGCGGCUGCGUCAGCGGGGCCCGAGCUGUGCCGUGCACUGCCGUCCUAUCUAA